CGCCCGCCGCCCCGCCCAUGGGCCGCCAGCCCCCGCAGCCGCCCGCCCGGAGGACCGCGCCGAGGGGGGGAGCCGCCUGAAGGACCGCGACGGCCGCGCCCGCAGGUCAGAGCAUUUGAGAUGUGAUACAGACGUUUGGAAAAGCAUCUGGAUUCCUGCAUGGAAUUGAGACCUCCCCCAGCCUUCAGGAUUCUCGCCCACAGAGCCUGAGGAUCCAGAGAAGCCGCAAGGCUCGGAUGUAGCAUUCCCUGAUUGAUGAGUUCCCUCGUCGGUGGGAUAUUCCUGUUUCUCCUCGGGGGAGUAUUGCAAGAACAAAUGACGUCAUCUGGAUGUCAGCAUGGCAGCCACAAACCUGGAGAACCAGUUGCACAGCGCCCAGAAGAACCUCCUCUUCCUUCAGCGGGAGCAUGCCAGCACCCUUAAGGGGCUGCAUGCUGAGAUCAGGCGACUGCAGCAACACUGCACAGAUUUAACAUAUGAGCUGACCCUCAAAAGUUCGGACCAGACAGGAGAUGGGGCUUCCAGAAGCAACGAGCUGAAGAGGAAGUGCGAGGAGCUGGAGGCCCAGCUGAAGCUGCAGGAGGAGGAGAACAACGAGCUGCUCAAGCAGCUGGAGCAGAAGAACGCCGUGAUCGCCGUGCUGGAGAACACCGUCAAGGAGCGCGAAAAGAAGUACCUGGAGGAGCUGAAGGUGAAGAGCCACAAGCUGAACAUGCUGUCCAGCGAGCUCGAGCAGCGCGCCGGCACCAUCGCCUACCUGACCGCCCAGCUGCACGCCGCCAAGCGGAAGCUCCUGAGCGCCGGGGGGGCCUCGGACGGCAGCCCCUCCGGGAGCCCCGUGCUAGCCAGCUACAAGCCGGCUCCCCCCAAGGACAAGCUGCCCGAGACGCCCCGCCGCAGGAUGAAAAAGAGCCUCUCAGCCCCCCUGCACCCGGAAUUUGAGGAGGUCUACAGAUUUGGGGCCGAGAGCCGGAAACUCCUCCUUCGGGAGCCGGUGGAUGCCAUGCCUGACCCCACCCCGUUCCUGCUGGCCAGGGAGUCCGCCGAGGUCCACGUCAUCAAGGAGAGGCCUCUGGUCAUCCCCCCCAUCGCCUCCGACCGUGGCCCGAGCGAGCAGCACAGCCCGGCCCGCGAGAAGCCACACAAGGCUCACGUGGGGGUGGCCCACCGCAUCCACCACGCCGCCCCACCGCAGGCCCAGCCCGAGGUGGAGACGCUGGCGGUCGACCAGGUGAACGGAGGGAAGGUCAUGAGGAAGCACUCAGGGACGGACAGAACUGUGUGAAGCCUGCCCCAGGCGACCCUUCACCCUCGGCUGUCGAUGCACUGUGAUCACUACAAGGAAAAAUUCAUCCAUACUUUUUUUUUUCUUAAUUCCCAUGCAUGCCAAAUUUUUUUCAGACCUGUCAACAGAUGAUUCUUCUCCUGCUCCUCUUGCCCUCUUACUGACACCAAAAUAUGAUCGUGUCCCUGCUGCAGAAUACGUAUUUACUAAUCGCUGUGGCCAAACACCUGUGUGCCGAAUCGCUUGCUUCUAAUCCCACUCUGUGUACCUCCGCGCGCUCGUGGACAGAGCACAGGCCACAGGCUCUCUCACUACUCGACGUUAAUGAAAUCGGAUAGUCACACGCCUCAUUAUACAGCCAGAGCAACACAUGCCGACCGACCUCGACCCCUCGCUCCAGUUUCCAGGGCAGCCCAUCCAGAGCAGCCCCCGCUCACUCCUGGAGACCCUGUAACCUCCCGACAAGCCUUUCCCAGGGCGGCACAGAUAGCCGAGCAGCUAUAGAUGUGUAUCUCGGGAACGAAAUAAGAUGAUGUUACUUCUCAUACCACCACAACCUGAAUGUGUGUUCAUAUUUUUUGUUAGUUUUAUCCAAAAUGUUCAAGAUCCCAACAAACUUUAUUUUCUAAACCUG